AUCACAAACUAAGAUUCCAUCUUCCCUUGUACCAAAAAAAAAAAUAAAAAAAUUCCAUCUUCCCAUUUUUCAAGGGGUCUUGCUAAAACACCUUGAACAAACUGUACUAAUAUCAAUUUCUCUCGAUGUCUACUUCGGUUGAAAAUCGUCGAACCUACUACACUACCCUUGAAUAUGGCGUUGUUGAACCCUUAAAGUCAAUUAGCUCAAAAACCUCUUUUAUAUCGAAUUCUUCAAACAAAGAAGAUGAUGAAAAUUACUUGAACAUGAUAAAAAACAUAAUCUUAAAUGGAAGAUCCGAAGUAGAACCUUCGGUGUUAGACCCUCGCGAUGAGGGUACCGCGGAUCACUGGAUCCAAAGAAACCCUUCCUUGAUCCGUCUCACGGGAAAACAUCCUUUCAACUCAGAGCCACCACUCCAAAGCCUCAUGCACCAUGGCUUCAUAACUCCCAUUCAACUCCAUUAUGUUCGUAACCACGGGCAUGUUCCUAAAGCCCGAUGGGAAGAUUGGACCAUCGAAGUAACAGGUCUGGUAAAAAACCCGACCCAACUCACGAUGGACCAACUUGUCAAUGACUUCCCAAGUCGUGAAUUCCCUGUCACGCUCGUUUGUUCUGCAAAUCGUCGUAAGGAACAAAAUCUGGUGAAACAAACUAUUGGCUUUAACUGGGGCCCAAGUGCAACUUCCACUUCGGUGUGGCGCGGUGUACCAUUGCGCAACGUGCUCAAGAGGUGUGGAAUCUAUAGCCGUAACAAUGGAGCCCUCUAUGUUUGCUUUGAAGGUGCUGAGGAACUACCAGGUGGUGGUGGGAGUAAAUACGGAACUAGUAUCUUGUGUGAGGUUGCAUUGGAUCGCACACGCGAUAUCAUCCUCGCGUAUAUGCAAAAUGGUGAUGUUUUAUCUCCUGAUCAUGGUUUUCCGGUGCGGGUUAUCGUGCCUGGUUUCACUGCAGGGAGAAUGGUGAAAUGGUUGAAGCGCAUCAUUGUAACAACCAAAGAAUCUGAUAGCUAUUACCAUUACCACGAUAACCGUUUACUUCCCUCACACGUUGAUGCUGAGCUUGCAAAUACUGAAGCAUGGUUCUACAAACCCGAAUAUAUUAUCAACGAGUUGAACAUAAACUCUGCAAUAACCACACCAAGCCAUGGCGAGAUAUUGGCCGUCAACUCGGACACUACUCAAAUACCUUAUUUACUCAAAGGCUAUGCAUAUUCCGGGGGUGGGAGAAAGGUGACAAGAGUUGAGGUGACGAUCGACGGUGGUGAAACGUGGAAGGUAUGCAAAUUGGAGCAUCCGGAGAAACCAAGCAAAUACGGUAAGUAUUGGUGUUGGUGUUUUUGGUCAUUAGAGGUUGAAGUGUUAGACUUGUUUGGAGCUAAAGAGAUUUCAGUGCGUGCAUGGGACCUGGCUAACAAUACUCAGCCUGAGAAUCUCAAUUGGAAUCUUAUGGGCAUGAUGAAUAAUUGUUGGUUUAGGGUAAAAACAAAUUUGUACAAACCUCACAAGGGAGAGAUUGGCAUAAUGUUUGAACAUCCAACUCAACCAGGAAACCAAUCUGGUGGUUGGAUGGUCAAACAAAAAGAAGAAGUUGAUAAAAAAUCAUCGAUUUCAGACCUAACUCCUAUGAAAACAAAUAUUGUGUCCUCAUCACCUCAAACAAACACUACUAGCUCAAAACUGUACACCAUGUCUGAGGUGGAAAAACAUAAUAACUCUGAUUCUGCUUGGAUCAUCGUAGACGGUCAUGUCUAUAAUUGCACUCAUUACCUCAAAGACCACCCUGGAGGAGUUGAUAGCAUCCUCAUCAACGCCGGCACUGAUUGUACCGAGGAGUUUGAAGCCAUCCACUCUGAUAAAGCAAAGAAAAUGCUUGAAGAUUACUUGAUUGGCAAGCUUGUAACCAAUGACACCAAUGGGAAUAAUGUUGAAAUCACCAACAAAGUUAUUAUCACACAAAUGCAUAACAAUGUGGCUUUAAAUAACCCACGUGAUAAAAUUACAUGCAAGCUUGUGUCAAAAAGAUCAAUCUCCCACAAUGUUAGGAUCUUUCGUUUUGCUUUACCAUAUGAGGACCAACUCUUGGGUUUGCCAGUUGGGAAACAUUUAUUUUUAUGUGACAAUAUUGAAAAGAAGCUAUGCAUGCGAGCUUUCACUCCAACGAGUGGUGUAGAUGAAAAGGGUUAUUUUGAUCUAGUGGUUAAGAUUUACUUCAAAGGAGUGCACCCAAAAUACCCCAAUGGUGGCUUAAUGUCUCAACAUUUAGACUCCUUGUCUAUUGGUUCUAUUUUGGAUAUAAAGGGUCCAUUGGGACAUAUUGAGUAUAAUGGUAAAGGAAAUUUUCUUGUUCAUGGAGAACACAAAUUUGCAAAUAAGUUAACUAUGUUGGCUGGUGGAACUGGGAUAACACCAAUUUACCAAGUAGUUCAAGCGAUUCUGAAAGACCCAGAGGAUCUCACUGAAAUGCAUGUUGUGUAUGCUAAUAGAAGCGAGGAUGAUAUAUUGUUGAGGGAAGAGAUGGAUGAAUGGGCUAUGAAACAUGAACGGUUCAAGGUGUGGUAUGUUGUCCAAGAAAGUAAAAGAGAAGGGUGGGAGUAUAGUGUGGGAUUCAUUACUAAAAGUAUAUUGAUGAAGCAUGUUCCAGAAGCAUCGGAGGAUACACUGGCAUUGGCAUGUGGACAACCACCCAUGAUUGAAGGAGUGAAAUCCAAUUUGGAGAAAUUGGGAUAUGACAUUAAAAACAACUUGCUUGUGUUUUAGGGUAGUGAUCAUGAUGAGUAGAUGAUCAUGAUCAUUAGGUUUUAUGUAUAAUUGUAUACUUUAUUGCUUUUAGUUAAAUAAUUAUUAUCAUAAAUAAAUUCCAUCAUGUAUUACAAGAAUUUAUCCAUCAUGUAUUGCUAUUUCAAGAAAUUAUAUAUUUUUGGCAUAUUUUUAUAUAUAAUUUUUGGUUUUUUCUA